GAGAAAAACACCAUGUCGGCAGAUUUAGUGGAGGAACAGAGGGAAAUGGAGCCCCAAGUUGCUCCUGCUGAUCCCUGCUAUGCCGGACCUGAAGAUGUGGGAUGUGAUGUCUGCCCCGGGAGAAAACGGAAAGCUCUCAAGUCCUGUCUGCAGUGUCGGGUCUCUUACUGUGAGCAGCACAUCCAGCAACACUAUGAAGCCCCAUCAAAGAAACACAAGCUGGUGGAAGCUGCAAAGCUUCAGGAAAACAUCUGUACCCAACAUAAUGAGGUGAAGAACAUUUUCUGUCUGAAUGAUCAGCAAUGUCUCUGUGUUUCCUGCUUAAUGAAUGAACAUAAAGGCCACAACACAGUGUUAGUCUCAAUAGAAAUUACUGAAAAGCAGAGAAAGCUCGGAACACAGCGACAAGAAAUCCAGCAGAUUAUCCAGAGCAAAGCAGAGGCUGUGAAGACCCUUAAGAAGGAGGUGGAGGCUAUCAAUCACUCCGCUGAUAGGGCAGUGGAGGACAGUGAGAAGAUGUCUACUGAGCUGAUUCAUCUCAUUGAGAAAAGGAGCUCCGAUGUGAAAAGUAAGAUCAGAUCCCAGCAGGAAAUUGAAGUGAGUCGGGCCGAAGAGCUUCAAAAGAAGCUGCAGCAGGAGAUCACUGAUCUGAGGAAGAGAGACGCUGAGCUGGAGAAGCUGUCAACCACAGAGGAUCAAGCCCAGUUUCUGCACAAUUACGCCUCGCUGUCACCUCUCCCUAAAUCUACCGCCUUACCCUGCUUCAAUACACAUCCUUUGCAACACUUUGAGGAUGUGACUGCAUUUGUGUCCGAGGCCAGAAAGAAACUAAAGAGAAGCUGUAUUAAAGAAUUGAACAACAUCUCUAUGGCAGUGACUGAAGUGGAUGUUUUACUGCCACAAGACCCCAAGACGAGAGCUGAACUGUUACAAUAUGCAGAUUGCGUUAAUGAAUUAAAACUGGAUCCAAACACAGUGAGCAUGCAGAUGUCAUUAUCUGAAGGGAACAGAAAAGCAACAAGUACGAAAGAUCAACAGGUGUACACUGAUAACGCGGACAGAUUCAUGAACAGGUCUCAGGCUCUGUGUGAAACAAGUCUGGCUGGGCGUCAUUACUGGGAAGUGGAGUGGAGUGGCUUAGGAGUGUCAGUAGCAGUUGCAUACAAGGAUAUUGCCAGAACAGGAGAUAUAAGUAGAUUUGGUGAGAAUGACAUGUCUUGGGCAAUAGAGUGUGUGGCCAAAGAUUUUCAUAUAAUUUAUACUUACAAACAUAACAGUAACAUUAUAAAACAAACCAUUCCAAACCCUAAGUCCUACAAAGUAGGAGUGUUCCUGGAUCACAAGGCAGGUAUCCUUUGUUUUUACACCAUCUCUGAAACUAUCACUCUCCUUCACAAAGUCCAGACCACAUUCAGUCAGGAACUCUAUGCUGGACUUGGUGUUUAUUAUAAAGGAUCUACAGCUGAGUUUUGUGACGUCAAGUAGACAAAGAGCAAGAGUGGAUUUUUCCCUCAGACAGAGAGGGCUUUGGCAAAUUAGAUAGAGGUUGAGUCUAAGUUAUGACAGCUCAUUUAGUAAUGCAACAUUAAUUGAUAUUCAACCGUGUGUGGUGUAUUUAGUCCUAUUCGUUCUAUAAUUGUAUUGUUGCUGUAAUAUUUUCUGCUCUGGCUGUGAAGUCUCCUUUUUUUAAUCAGAACUGAUGAAUAGUUGAUUAUGUGUUUAUUUUCCCACAAUACAGUGUAUUCAGAAAAGUGUACUUAAGUUUUAAUGGCUAUUCUGAUUCAUCAUUGGAUUUUUGCAGAUUGGAUUGCUGACAUACUUAGCAUAUAGUUUUUGUGUAUAAAGUGAAUACGUAGAUGGAAAGAUAAAGAUUGAGUCCUUUAAAAUAAUUUUAUGAUUGAAUAUGUGAAGUUCAUAAGAAGCAUUACAGAUAAGAAGAUUUACAGCUACAUGUUUCAACAGAGUGCUCAGUAAAUAGAUCAAAAGACUUUUACAGGUACUGUCUAAUGGUAACAAAGUUUUACAUGACACUGAUAAAAUAAAAAAGAAUUCAAAGAAUACUUGUAAAAAGAAAUACUGUAAAAUUGUAACAUUUUGUGCAUUGUAUAUGGUGCUGCUGUUUGCUGAUUGGAUGU